AUGCCUUCUGCCGAAACCUCUAUCAUGGAAGUCCCUCGUACUUCAUUCUACCAGCACAUUGUCGUUGAGGGCACGCCCUAUGAGAGGGGGCUUUCGCAUGGUAGACAAGUCAGCGACAAGGUCCGUGCUAAUAUUGAAUACUACAAGCUUCCUGGCAAGCUGCCUCAUUGGUCCAUCUCCUCCACGAUCAUCAAAACUGUCUACCUUCCUGCCUUUGAGAAGUUCUACCCUACAGGCCUCGAAGAGAUCAGAGGAAUCUCAGAUGGGGCAGGCGUUACGAUCGAAGAGGUCAUCAUGCUCAAUGCUCGAUAUGACCUUGGCAGAUGCAUGUAUCGCCUGCAAGACGGCGGCAAGACUCCUCAAGAACUAAACGGGCAUGAUGAAUGCACGAGCGGAUUCUUCCCUCCCGAAGCAGUGGCAUCUGGUCGCGCUCUGGCCGUACACAAUUGGGACAUGUCCAGCCAUCUCUACAACCAGGAUCUGAUCAUCUACCUCGAAGUACACCCGGACCCAUCAGAGGACCGUCCAUCAAUGUUUAUCCUCACCGAGGCUGGUCAGCUGAUCCGCAGUGGGAUGAACUCGGCUGGUAUGUCUGUCACUGCGAAUUCCCUGCUCUCAAGCGAAGACUACGUGCCCAUUUCGCAUGUUGACCAAGACGGGGUCUAUCAUGAGGUCAAGAAUCCCAGACCUGUCCUCCCGCUCUCCGUCGCGAGGCGCGUCUUCCUUGAGUACAGCAACUAUGCUGAGGGCUUGGUAGCAAUUAACGCCUUCCCCCGCCACGUCUCAGGAAACCUUCACGUCUCGACGGCUGAAGGCUUCGCAAUGGCUAUGGAAGUCUCUCCUAGCCGCGUGUACAAGUUCUACGGUAACAUUGACGAUAACUACCUCAUCCACAGCAAUCACUUCCUCAGUCCAGAAUUUGUGAGCCGUGAUGAUGUGUAUGAUCGUUCUCCUGGUGGGAGCACCUGGUUCAGAAGCCUGCGAGCCGAGAAGGGAGUAAGGGCUGAUUGUGCAGCGGGUAGAUUGACGCCUGAAAAGAUCAGGACGGCGUUUUCGGACCACCUCGCGUAUCCUGAGAGUUUGUGCAAUCAUCCGAAUUUCAAUCAGAAGAAUACGCCCAGCGCUGUAUUGACUGGGUACACAUCCAAGCAGAACAUGACGGUGGCCUUUGUCAUAUACGAUCUGGUGAAGCGGGCGAUCACCGUCUGUAAGGGCCCUCCUUGUCAGGGCGUGCUGCAGAAGUUCAAACUUGAGGAGAAGCGAUCUUUGAAGCAUUGA